AUUACCAAAAAUCAGUAUUCAAUAUGUUCGACGAGCAAUCGGAACUCGAGUCGCUGCGUGAGAUCUAUUAUCUAACGAAUGGUGCUUCGGGCAGUUGGCGCAAGUUGCUUGCCUUUGGCGUUUCGCUGGAGCAGCAGCUGAAGCGGAAGCUGCUCUGGAUAUGGCCCACAUCGGUGGACUUGGAGAAUUACAAUCACUUUCUGGCCAAGCACAACAUCCAGCGCAUUCUGAGCAUUGGCUGCGGCAGUGGGCUCCUGGAAUGGCUGAUGGCUGCAGCUGCUGGCGAGCAUAAAAUCUCCAUGCAUGGCCUGGAAGUCGAUCGCAAUUGGUGGCAGAGCAAGUAUUCCGUGCGCAGCUUCAUUCCUCUGAACUAUGUGGAAGAUGCAGCCAAUCCAAGCCAACUGAACUCGGGUUUCUUGAGCAACUGCUGCAACGAUUCUCCACCAUGUGCGAUGUUAUUUUGUUACUUUAACAAUCGUCGGGCUUUCCUUAACUACCUGCGAAUAUAUCGUGGCAAGUGGCUGAUAUUAAUAGGGCCACAGCCAGCCGUUGGCAUACAUACAGAUCCGAAUCCCAUUCAGCCGCAGCUUCCCACCGAUGUGUGGAUUCUGCGGGAACGCCUCGACUGGACUGACCGGAAUGUCGUGGCGUUCUAUGAAAAAAUAGCCUAAUCUAGUUUAUAGUAACUUUAAUUGUAAACAAAAUAAAACACCGCCCUUUAAUACUCUA